UUGUCCCUCCCACAUCAAAACCACAUCACACGAGCUAGUACAAUCACAGGCAUCCAUCAAAAUGGCUUCAAGAAACACGGCUUUAUUCCUCGUCGGGCUGCUCCUCUCGUGCAUUCCCAUGAGCAACGGAGCAAGAAUCCUGGAGGAGAAGACGACUCCUUCCAAAGGCGAGGAGCACCUGCCGGAGCUGCCAGCGCUGCCCAAGGUCGAGCUGCCGCCGUUCCCGGAGGUGCAUCUGCCACCUAAGCCUGAACUGCCCAAGGUAGAGCUGCCGUCUUUCCCUGAGGUGCACCUGCCACCCAAGCCCGAGCUCCCAACGUUCCCAGAGGUGCACCUUCCAGCCAAGCCGGAGCUGCCUAAGGUGGAGCUGCCACCAAAGCCAGAGAUGCCCACCAUCCCGGGGUUCCACUUCCCGAAGCCGGAGGCUAAGCCAUGAAGAAUGUCUUCAGUUGUCUUCUCUUUGCUUGUGGUCCUACAUGUUUCAGUUACUCAUGUUGUGUCUUCCGUGUGGUUGUUUAGAUUUUUGGCGAGUCAUUUGUGUGCGUAUUGCAUCUAUUUAGAUGGAACGCACAUGUACAAAACAGAUGGAUGUUUACAUCAAUGUAUUUCCCUUUUAACGAAAAACAUUUGAAAAGUUUAGACUCUGCUCAACAUGCACGAUUCAUUCUAUCAACAAUUUUCACCAGAAGAUUGUUCGGGCUUGGCCGUCUAGGUGUGCUCCAAUCUCGCA